AUGCAGCCUUCGACUGUGACUCAAGAAACCACAAAUCCCUUUGGCUUAGUAUCCCAAUUGGGCUCUUUUCUAGUCAAUUAUUCUAAGCUUAAUCCUGAUGGGCAAUCGGUAUUCUCAUCUAAUUCCUUGUAUUUUGAUGCCAAGAAGAGGCCAAAGGCUGUGACUUCAUUGGGUUUGAGCACCAAAGGUGCUUCCUUUAGCAUUAGAAGAGCCUUGAAUCAAUUCAACAAAGCUAUUAAAUUCCACUGUGAGAAAUUCCCACUUAGUUUCGCCUCGGUUCGGGUUAAUUCAGGUGUGAAUAACGGGUUUAGAGAUGAUGGAAAUGGUGUUUUGGAGGAAUCAGACGGAGUGCCUAUGAAUGUCGUCGACUCUGAAACUCCGAAAAAAGUUUUGAUUUUGAUGAGUGAUACUGGUGGGGGUCACAGAGCGUCUGCUGAAGCCAUCAAGGCUGCUUUUAGUGAAGAGUUUGGAGAUAAUUAUCAGGUGUUUGUUACAGAUUUAUGGACAGAUCAUACGCCAUGGCCUUUUAAUCAACUGCCAAAGAGUUAUAACUUUCUUGUAAAACAUGGUUCACUGUGGAGAAUGGCAUAUUAUGCUUCUGCUCCACGUGUAAUUCACCAAUCCAAUUUUGCUGCAACAUCAACUUUUAUAGCUCGAGAGGUUGCUAAAGGAUUGAUGAAAUACCAGCCAGACAUUAUUAUUAGUGUGCAUCCUUUGAUGCAACAUGUUCCACUGCGUAUCUUGAGGGCGAAGGGUCUCUUGGAGAAGAUUGUUUUCACCACUGUUGUAACAGACUUGUGCACAUGUCAUCCUACAUGGUUUCACAAGCUUGUAACUAGAUGCUAUUGCCCAUCAGAGGAGGUUGCCAAACGAGCAUUAAGAGCUGGUCUUCAGCCUUCUCAAAUCAAGGUUUAUGGCCUUCCUGUCCGGCCUUCAUUUGUGAAGCCUGUUCGCCCUAAGGAUGAACUUAGGGAGGAGCUUGGAAUGGACAAGUACCUCCCUGCUGUUUUGCUAAUGGGAGGUGGGGAAGGAAUGGGUCCCAUCGAGGCUACUGCACGAGCACUUGGUGAUGCAUUAUAUGAUGAGACUCAUGGGGAACCAAUAGGUCAGGUUCUUGUGAUCUGUGGCCGCAAUAAAAAGCUUGCCAACAGAUUACAGUCAAUAAACUGGAAGGUUCCUGUCCAGGUGAAGGGCUUCGUCACUAAAAUGGAAGAGUGCAUGGGUGCCUGUGAUUGCAUCAUUACCAAGGCUGGACCAGGAACUAUUGCGGAAGCUAUGAUUCGAGGACUUCCCAUAAUUCUAAAUGGUUACAUUGCCGGGCAGGAAGCUGGGAAUGUGCCAUAUGUUGUCGAAAAUGGAUGUGGGAAAUUCUCCAAGUCCCCAAAAGAAAUAGCCAACAUAGUCUCUCAGUGGUUUGGUCCAAAACAAGACGAACUCAUAGCCAUGUCACAAAACGCAUUGAGACUUGCAAGGCCAGAUGCCGUAUUUAAGAUUGUCCACGAUCUUCACGAAUCGAUUCCAUCUUUACCCUCCUAUAUGGUUGUACCUCUUCCGUGGUCGCAAUGUGGCCUGAAAUGGGACUUGGAAUCAGACACAAUUACUCAACUUCUUACUACAAUGAAUGGUUUCCUGACUUCGGACUCUUUGUUGCCCAGAGUAAUUGCAGCAAGAGGAUUAAAACCAAGAAUGAAUAUAGGCACUUGUUAA